AUGACUCCAGAAGAGAAACGAAAGAUCUUACAAGAAAGAAGACAAGCCAAAAUGGCUGGUGGUAAGGCCACAGAUAGGUUAAAUAACAUCUUAAGUCAAGGGUCAUCAGUUAAAACCUCCACCACAUCAGUUUUAGAUAAACCAUCAACCCCUGAACCUACAAUUACACCACCACCACCAUCCUCAAUUCCAGCUCAUUUGAAAGUUCAUGAAGAUGACGAUCCUGAUACUUCUGAUAUCGAACAAUUACUUAGCCAUAGAGCUUCACCUCCACCAGCAGAAGCCGAUUUCGAUAAAAUGUUCAGCUCAAUGUUUGGAAAUGGAGGUGAAGGUUCAGAAGAUCCAUUUUCAUCAAUGAUGAUGAAUAUGAUGAAACAACAACAACAAACUGAAGGUGAAAACCCAGAUAAUUUACAAGAUAUGGAAUAUGAACAAAAAUUAUUAAAAUAUAACACUUUCAAAAGCAAACAAUCGAAAUUUAAGUUCUUAGUCGUAAGAUAUUUGACUAUAAUAAUGAACUUCAUCUACCAUUUUGUUUAUAAUGAUGGUUUCAGAUCUUCUAGUCAUGAUUACAUUCGUUCAGAGAUCCCAACAUCCAAUCAAUUCACCUUAAUAUUCUUAUCAAUAGAAGCAGUGAUUUUAUCAUCAUAUUAUUUAAUAUCUUCAAAGAGAAAAUCUAGUGAAAACAUGACUAGUGAUAACUUUAUCUUAAAAAUGAUCUCCAUGGCAUCAUCAUUCGUACCAAUGAUUGCAGCUUAUCAACCUUUGUUAGUGAGUCUACUUGGAUAUUGGGAAAUUUUAAACAUGUUCUUAGGAGAUUUAGCUUUAAUCGUUGUAUUAUUUGGUAUAACAAGUUAUUUAAAAUAA